UUGCUUUUGCUCACAAACCCAGAGAAGCAACAGGGGAUGUCUGCGGAGGAGAUACCCGACGAGCUAUGGAGGAAGGUACUAGAGAUUGGCGUAAAGUCAUCGACUUUCUCCUACAAAGAUCUCUGCUGCAUCUCCAUCUCCUCCCGCCGUCUCUGCCGUUUGUCCUCCGAGGAUUCUCUCUGGCGCUUUCUGCUCGUCAUUGAUUUCCCCACCCACAUCCACUCUUCUACUUCUUCUUCUCAGUCUCCCACCAAGUUUAUAUACAGGACAAGGUUUGAGAAGGAGAAGGAGAGGAGAUUAGCUGCGCAUAGAAGAGCUCUGCUGAGAAAGGAGAGUGAGAUUUCAGAAUGGGGUCGGAGGAUUCGUGAAUUGGAGACUCGGUUAUCAGAGGAGGCAGAGAGGUUGCAAGCUGCUUCUGUGGAGUUUUCAAAUGUGCAGAGAGUCAGGCAAGCAUCAGUAGCUUUGAACGUGUGGCAGCCAGAGGUUGUUCGCGGCAGACAGAAACAAAUGGUUGAGCAAAGCGCUGUUCCCGUCGAGGGACGGUUGCGUGCGCUUGAGAUGGAGAUUAAGUUAUGUAAACAGCAAAUCACCGGUGUGAAUAGGGCACGUAGGGAGGUGAAACAACGAUUUGACAUGGCUAGGAAAGAGCUAGAGUCCAUGAAGUAUCAUCCUUUACGAGAUUUUAAGUUAAGACGUAGCGGAGACCAAGCUAGUAAUGCUAAGAGGAAGAAGUUGAAAACGAGCAUUAACUCAGUUCCGGCUAAAAACCCAGCAAGACCCAGUAACAAGAAGAAGCUGUUACAUUCAGAAUCAGAAUGAUGGUUGGUUGAACCAUUCAGCAUGACCCAGGAACAAAAAUAUGAUGCUACACUCAGAAUCAGAAUGACGCUCGGGUUGAACCAUUCCACAGAGAGACAGAUAGAGAACGAUGUGAGUUGUUGUUGUAUUGUUAUCAUUUGUUGUUUUCUUUUCCUAUUAGAAUUUUUUGGAAGAACAUUGGAACCUUGUCACAGAAGUGAAUGUUGUGGUCGAGUCUGUAACUUCGGUUGAUCUGUAUACUACAAUAUCAUGAAUAAAAUUUAUUUGUUGAAAUA